AUGCCGUAUUUUGAAUUAAUCCUGAGAAUGACUGCUUUGUUAGGUGAAGCCACCAGCAAAGAAAUAGCAGACAUGAUGGCGCAGUUAAAUGCUACUGAAAAGUUGCUGAAUCAGACCCGCAAACUUGCCGCGGAACAGCUUGCAGAAGCGGAACGGGCGUACAAAACAGCUGCGGAAAGUUUGACUACUGUUGAAGGCUUGCGAUUACCGGACAUUGAUCCGCAACAGAUUGAGGAAGAAGCGAAACGAGUUGCAGAAGAUGCUAAAACAACGGCAGAAAACGCGCAGGAGCAAGCUGCUGCUAACAGGGAACUGAUUGACAAGGCUACACGGGUGCUUGCUGAAGCAAGGUAUGAACUACAGAGGAUGCAAGAUCAACAAAAGGUUGUUCAAAUUUAUCUUAUUUUUCUUGCAAGUUGUGCUGGAUAA